GUUGCUUGGUGGUGCUGGUAAUAGUGGUAUGUGCUUCGUGGUACAGUCUCAGACUACAGUCAGUGUCACUGUCGCUGAUACACAGUGUCGUGUACUGAUACUCAGUGAUAGGUCUACGUAGACUGCGACUGUCACUGACAGUCUGUGUCACUGACCCGUGAGCGUUCCGUCAGUCGGAAAAUGGCUCUUCCGCAAAAUAACUUGGAAGAGCACUUGGCUAGAUUCAGCAGUUCAACACUGACAUCAGGUGCAACCGCCAGAAACGCUAAGCAAACAAAUGUAUCAGUAACACUUCCAACCAGAAAUUUCACCUUCAAGAAAACAGCUUUGUUGAGUCGACAUCAGUCAAGUACUGUGUCAGCAGGGUUCCAAAAUGGCAGACUCUCUACCUCACCUGCAUCAGCAAGCACAGUUGCGUUCUCCCAGCAAGAUGAGGGGUCAGGCCAGUCUGUACCAGAUCUAUCUCAUUUGUUCUCAGCAGUUUCACAAACGUCUGCUUCGAAACCAACAAACAAUGCAUUUUCACCGAGUGUCAGGAAAUGGCCUCUGAUACGCACCAGCAACAGGCACGGACAGGAAGACAUGUUUAGACCAAAGGCAAACCUGCCUUUUCUCAACAAAGUGCAAGCGGGGAAUGUCAAUUCGCAGUCAGUACACAUCAGAAAGGCACUUGGCAAUGAAACCAACACUCUGCAAACCAGUGCUCACCGAAUGCUGCCUAAGCUAUCCAUGUCACAAAAGACAUCGACAAAAGCAGGACAGAGUAAGCUGACUGCCUUCUUCGCAGGCCCAUCGAGGGAUGUGCAGGAGUCGGCCAUUGUGCAAGGAAGUGGUGAACCGAUGCGAGCUAGCGCUCUUAAACAGGUGCCGCUAGCCAGAGUGCGACCCCAUGUGCUACAGCCUCAACAUCCUCAAAAACACAGGUUUGCCAAGUCAGGAAUGCAGGUAGGAAACCAGCUAUCUGAUAGUGUUAUAGACGACCUCUUCGGUGAUGAUGAUCUCAGUGACUUUGACUGUGACAACAGUUUAAAUGUGAAUAGCUCCACCAGUGCAGCCAAGCACAGCACGGCAAAAUCGCUCGUGAAAAACGUGUCCAGCCCAAUAACUGCGAAGCUACCAAGUCACCAACGUUCCACUUCGUCACUAGUCGAUCUCACUGAGGAAGAUUCCCGUCAUUGUACUGAUGUCGGAAAAGGUCGAACUAGCAAUGCAUGCAUGGAAAAGGAGGAGGAGGAGGAGGAGGAGGAAGAGGAGAUAUUGAAUCGCAGUAGCAGGCGUCGACGUAUCACUCGUAUUUUGAAGAGUGAUGAUGAUGAUACGGACGAGGAUGCCGGUUGCCAUGGAGAUGGCAGUAGUGCAGCCUGGCUGGGUCGUCACUCACAGGGAGCAGAUGGUGAUCAGUUCUUUGCCAGUGACGUCAAUGAAAUAGAGGAUAACCUAAUACCAGAACCACCUCCUUCGCCGCCGAUUGUGGAUGAUGAUGGCAUGAUUUGCGACCUGCCUUCUAGUCCCGAACCGAUCUUUCCUGAUAUCUAUGGCAAUGAUACCAAACCAGCACCCCCUACAACAGUCCGUAGCAACGUGGCCGUCAGAGAGCAUGCGCCGCAGAACGGCGUAGUGGGUGAGAGUCGCGUUUCUUCAUCAUAUGUUGAUGUGAGAGAUGUCGCUGAACACCCACUCCUGUUUGUCGACAUUCUACAGAGCCCCGAGUGCGAGGUGAAGGAACACAUAGAGAAUCUGCGUCUGCUUCACAACACGGCGAUGGAACAGCUGUGUGAUGUCAUUUGCGCUCUGAAGCCCCAUCAUGUCAUGCAACUCCCUGGUUUGGAUAGUAAGAAACUAAUGCAAUGGAUCAAUGCAAGGAGCCAGGUGAAGAAGAAAUGUGACCAGGCUGAGAAGCUGCUGUCUGAGCCAUUGAACACCAGGCUCAAUCUCUGCGCCUCCACGCCCAAGCCCUUUACCACGACAUUCGCCUCUCCGGCUGAGGCGAGACGCACAAAAACCUCUGCUGUCCGAUCGCGCUUUGCGCCCUGCGGGAAUUCUACACUGCCAGCAGGUGGUGAUAGUUUCUAUGAACAUGGUGUGAAGUUGGCACGCUCUAAUUCAUCUGGCGGUGUAGUUGUGACGCCUCCUCCUGCUGCUGCUGCUGGCAGGUUAAGCAGCAUUGGUCUCGGACAUGGAAAGCUGUUUGUGAAUGCCUCGCCAGAAUGCAGCUAUGGUAACACGUUGCCGAAGGAUACUCUUGGCAGGGGGCAACUGCAGAUGCAAAGUCCCGUGGCACAUGUCUCGAAUGAGAUCUAUGACGUGAUCAACGAGGAAAUCUUUGACGAGAAAGAAUACUUUCAACAGCAGCCGUUUGUAUCAUCGCCAGCGAGAAUUUCUCCAUCAACUACACGGGUGCUAUCGAUACCCAAACCAAACACAUCAAGCAAAGAGGGCUCACUGGCUGCUUCACAGAAACAGCCAGACACAGGGGCGAAAUUCCGCGGGAACUUUCGUGACGACGGUUCCAGUGGCCACUUCCAGGGACUUAAGUUCCCGCAUUCCGCAGAACUGCUCAAGGUCUUUCGCAGCGUGUUCGGACUAAAGACGUUCCGCACCAACCAGCUGCAGGCGCUGAACGCAGCCCUACUGGGAGAGGACACUUUCAUCCUCAUGCCCACAGGAGGUGGGAAGAGUCUGUGCUAUCAGCUGCCAUCUCUCGUCACACAGGGUGUCACUAUCGUCGUGUCUCCCCUCCGCUCUCUCAUACAGGACCAGGUGCAGAAGCUGUGCGCACUUGAUGUUCCAGCCACACAUUUGUCCGGCGAAAUGACAGAGAAUCAAUCUGAUGCCAUCUAUAGACAGCUGUCGAUGCGAGAUCCGAUGAUCAAGUGCCUUUAUGUAACACCAGAGAAGCUGUCUGCCAGCACCAAACUACUGUCCACCCUCGCCAACCUCUACCAGCGCCAUCUACUGUCGCGCUUCGUCAUCGACGAGGCCCACUGCGUUAGCAACUGGGGUCAUGACUUCCGACCUGACUACAAGAAGCUGAACCUGCUACGUCAGAAGUUCCCGGGUGUGCCAAUGAUGGCUCUGACAGCGACGGCUACGCCACGCGUGCGACAGGACAUCCUGCACCAGCUAGGAAUGAAGAACCCGAAAUGGUUUAUGCAAAGCUUCAAUCGUCCAAACCUGCAAUAUGAGGUGAGGCCAAAGCAGCCGAAAAAACUGUCCCAAGUCAUCAUCGAACUGAUAAAAACUGAGUUCAAUCGCCAAUCAGGGAUUAUAUACUGUCUCUCUAGGAACGAGUGUGAUAAGAUGGCAGAGGAGCUUGUGAGGGCAGGUGUGAAAGGCAAGGCAUAUCAUGCUGGACUGAGUUCAACUGAGCGCACAAAUGUACAGACACAAUGGAUCAACGAGAAUAGAUGUCAGGUUGUGUGCGCCACAAUAGCGUUCGGCAUGGGUAUUGACAAGCCUGACGUGCGCUAUGUCAUCCACUACUCGCUGCCCAAGUCCAUGGAGGGCUACUACCAGGAGUCAGGCCGAGCCGGCAGGGACGGACUGCCAGCAAGAUGCAUUCUCUACUAUGCGUACUCGGACAUGCACCGCCUACGGCGCAUGGUUGAACGCGAUGCGGACGCCAGCCCGGAGGCGAAGCGUGUGCACAUCGACAACCUGUAUCGCAUCGUGCAGUACUGCGAGAACCUCACCGACUGCCGACGUGCGCAGCAGCUCGAAUACUUCGGCGAGCUGUUCGACCGCAAGCUGUGCAAGGCCAACAUGGUGACGCGCUGCGACAGCUGUCGCGCAGAGGACUCAUACAUGCAGCGGGACAUGACACGAGAAGCCCAGCUAUUGGUGCAGAGUGUGCAGCAGGUGGCGCAGGGAUCGUCACAGGGCAGCUGGAGGAAGAAAUUCACUCUGCUGCACUUUGUAGAGGUGUUUAGAGGUUCGUCUGCGGCGCGAGUGGAGCAGGAGGGCCACCAGCGUCUGCCGGCGUUCGGCGCGGGGCGGCACCUACAGCGCAGCGAUGCUGAGCGGCUCGUCCGCAAGCUGGCUCUCGACGACGUGCUGGGUGAGGAGAUCACGGUCACCGCGCAGGACAUGACCGUCGCCUACGCCCGCGUCGGCCGCAGGGCCGCCGACCUGCUCAACGGCAACCUGAAGGUAAUGUUUCAUGUGAAAGGCACUAAAAAGAAUGCAGUCACGGCAGAGGCAGCGCCGUCUACUGCAGCCGACAAAGCCAAAGCUGAAUUACACAAUGAUUGUUACAAUGAGCUGGUGGUUUGUGCCAGAAACAUAGCUCUCGAGCUGUCAAUGAACUGGAAGAACAUCUAUAAUCCGGAUACUCUGAAGGAGAUGUCACAGCGUCUUCCAGCCGCAGAGGAGGAGAUGAAGGAGGUUACUGGUGUCACGGAUACCAAUUACCGUCGCUACGGUUACCGAUUCCUCGAGAUCACACUGCAGUAUAUGGCCAAGCUGACACUUCUUGAUGAUGACUUCACGGCGGGCACCGGUGAUGACACGUUUGCACCCAACGACUUUGCUUCUCCCUACUUUGAUGGCCCACCCGAGCACUCGAGUGUGUUCACGGGAGGCGGGCGGCAGGGAAGAGGUGGUGGCACUAAAAGGAAGCGGCGAGGUGGUGGUGGAGGUUUCAGGAAAGCCAAGCGACAAAAGGCAGCGACUUCCACGGAGCAGGGCAAUAAGACAAAGUACAACAAACGUCGAGGAGGAAGCGCAAACCACACACCCGUAAAUGGCGAGCGGUCAGGUGGGUGGCUGUCAAAGCAGCAGCCUGGUAGAGGAGCUGCAUCAGGAAGAGUGGCAGCAGCACGUCCUGGUUUGAUGCCGAUGCCUGCGACAAGACGACCGCCAGCCAACGCGCGUCCAUUCCUCAAAAGCCUGAAGGACUUCAUCUGACCACUGGCUAAUACUCGGUCAAUACCUGAGCAGCAUGAAGAACAAUGUCCAAGAGCAUGUCGUAAUGCAACGUGUCUACGAAGUGGAUCUCUGUGAAUCACAAGAAUAUGUAUAUAGGCUUUUUUAUUUGCCAUUUUUUUAAACUGUUUUUACAUUGCAUCGUCUCUAGAAUGUGUAAUAGAUUUAAUUUGUAUUUAUUAGGAUUAUGUUUACAUUGUCAUCUUUUGUCUGUUUGUCAAACUGAAUCGAUGCGUAGUAAUAUUUGAUUAUGAUUGCUUAAA